AUGGCUGACGACGAUCGCCGUCCGAAACGCUCCCGCUUCGAUCAAACCACCCCGGAGCCUCGUCGACAGUCGCGUUUCGACCGUCGUUCUCGGUCUCCUUCUUCGCGACAAUCUGAAGCCACUCGAACUCGCAGCCCGCUCAGCCGUGAGCCUCGGAGCCCGGGUGCGGGCAGCAAAGCAGACCCAGCGGCUGCAGCUGCCGCCGCCGCCGCCAAAAUCAACGCCCAGUUGCAAGCUAAGAAAGGAAUCCAACAUGUCGAUGUGCCUCCAAUUCGCGCCACUUCCAGCCCAUCCCAAUCUGCCACCCCCACUGGUGGGGAUGCAAAAUUGAACGCGGAGAUCUAUGUUGCGGAUGGGGACUACAUCAAGGACAUCGAGAUUAAUGACUUGCGCAAUCGCUACACACUGACCAAAGGAUCUACCCAGAAGAUGGUAAUUACUCCUGCUGCGCCCGCUGAUCUUCCAGGCGCCUUUGCCCUCUAA